AUUUGUUACUUCAGACCAUCUGACCUACAGGUUACUCUUAAACCCUCUCGUCAUUUCACUGCUAUCUGAUUUGCAGGAAUCGUAGGCUUAAGCAAACAUGUCCAACCUCAGUGAGGCAGAACUCAUUCACAAGUUUAAGGGGAUUUCCUUUACCAUCAGGUCUUCUCCAGAGCUUUUAAAUUCCUUGGAUGCUUUUGAUGCUAGAGAAGAUGACAUCCUUUUGGUUUCCUACCCCAAAUCUGGCACUCACUGGCUUGCAGGAGUCAUAACAAAGCUUUACAAUACUCCCGUUACAUUAACAACUCCCAUUGAACUUGGAGACAUGUCCAAACUGGAGGAACUGAAUCAACUGUCGUCAAAGAGAAUCAUCCCAACACACUUAGACUACAACAUGCUGCCUCAACAUUUUAAGAAUAAAAAAUGCAAGAUGAUCUAUAUCAUCAGAAAUCCAAAAGAUACUGCAGUUUCCAUGUAUCAUUACUACCGAGAGAAUCCAAACCUUCCCACUGUAGAUACCUGGACUGCUUUCCUUGACUUGUUCUUAAAAGGAGAUGUGGUCUGUGGAUCCUGGUUUGACCAUUUCCUAAGUUGGGAAGAACAUAAAAAUGACAAAAAUAUACUGUUUUUGUUCUAUGAAGACAUGAAAAAGAAUCUCCCUAAGAUUGUGAAGGAAAUCAGCAUAUUCCUGGGUAUAAGCAUUGGUGAUGAAGACAUCCAAGAUAUCUGCAAGAAAUCAUCCUUCUCAGAGAUGAAAAAGGACACAGAAAAAGAAAACAGUGACCCCAGUCACACCGUCUGUGCCCUGACAUCCAACAGGAAGCUAAUUUUCCGAAAAGGUACUGUUGGUGACUGGAAGAACCAUUUCACUCCAAAACAGAACUUACAGUUUGAUGAAGUAUUCAGUGAGAAAAUGAAACUCAGCAAAAUGGCAAAACAUCUCACCUAUGAAUUCUAAAUUCGUGGGAAGAACAACACUUACCAAAAAUGCAGCCAGAGACAUUGUUGGGAAAAUCUGGAUGAGAGCUAAAAGAAGUUCAAAGAAAAACAGCUGCUCUUGGAACUGAUGCCAUGAAGACGUAAGAAGCACUGACCACGUUCAUUUACCUUGUUUACAUAAAUUUAUCUAUCAGCCUUAUUUUUCACAUAGUCAAACAAUGGAAAUGUGGAGAAGGCUUGUAAAAUAGAGAUUUGGGGACAGGAAAAUUCUGGCACAAUGCUGGAACUGAACUCAAUCAGAGGGCAGAUUUACAUGGUUUUAUAGCCAGGUGUCAGACCCAUUUUUUUUUUA